AUGGGGAGAAGAAAGUCGAGCUUGGCACCGAGCCCGAAGACGGCGUGUGGCUCGUUUGAUGCUGAGGACGGAGAAAAUGCUACUUCCGGCAACGACCCGGAGGAAGGUGUCGGUGAGCCCCUUGAAGAGGACGACGGAGACGCCGAUCCCCCGACCCGGAGCGUCUCCGUGGGCGAGCCCCUCUCUUUGCCGUUGGAACCAACAUACGCUAUGCCUCUAAAUAUAGGAACUUUACUCCCCUCUGAAGAUGGAGAGGAGGUCAAGCUCGAGACCCGUCGAGAGGACGGCGUGAGGACGCGAGGCGUCGGUGUCGUCUGGGCUGCGCGUACUACAUCUGCUUCGUCCAACCGUCGAGACGGAGGUGUCUUGGGCGGGGAGUCGGAGGACGAGCCGGGAGACUUGGAGGAGGCCCCGGUACCAGAAGCAGGGCCCGCAGUCGACAAGCGAUGA